GAAAUCAUAGACCAGGUACCGUGACAGGUCGCAUGAACCGUCUCAGGAACACGUUGUUAGUGCGAUGUUCGCCGGAGCAAACCACGCAAACAUCCGAGCCAACUUGAAAUGGCAAUGCCUACAGGUUCCGGCUCGCAACUGGGCUAUGGGUUGCUGUUCGUUUCUAAGUCCUUACUACCCAUUGUUGGUUGCAUUCUUAUGAGCCUCCUUCGUCACCUCAAACGAUGGAGCAACUGUCGAAGGCAGAUCUGGCCUUGGGUCGUGGCGUGUAGGACUCUAGGACUACUCGCCUCUGCAAUGUUCUUAUGGUUCGGAUGUGUGAAGCAGAAUCGAUCGAGUCUUUGGUGUCGAAGAGUUCUCGCUUCUGGAACAAAUUCUUGGCCACAUUCCGAUGACGCAUCUCAGGCCGUUGAAAGCCGUACAAUUUUUUUCUUUUCCUCCAAGAGGGGUAUAGAGACACGUAUUAUGGAUGAGGUGGUGUCUCUCACCAACAGGCAGCUCAAUACGGCAGUGAGCUUCAAGCUGCCAUGAAAUCGCAGCUUACACCUGGCUUGUGUUCCCAAAGUCUGCAGACAAUGACGUCCGUCUGAA